AUGACGUUAAAUCCGAAGUGGCCUGAAAUCCUUAGAGAGCUGUUGCCGGGUCAGACCACACCUGAUCGGCCAGACCUUGUUGCAAGAGUAUCCCCAAAUGCGCGAACUGGUCGUGCAACACAUGAUGCAUGGUCCUUGCGGUCAUUUACGACCGUCCAGUCCUUGUAUGCAAGAUGGAUGGUCCCGUAUAACCCGAAGCUGUUAAUGAUGUUUAAUUGUCAUAUCAAUGUUGAGGCUUGCUCGAGUAUAACAUCUGUGAAGUAUGUCUUCAAGUAUGUUUACAAGGGUCACGACAAACAUGUUGUUCAUAUCGAUUCAGAGGAAGAAAGGGUCGUUAUUAACGAAAUUAGAAGGUUCCAAGAUGCACGUUAUGUCUCCCCUCCCGAAGUGAUAUGGCGGAUUUUUAGUUUCACACUUUCCCAAAUUCACCCUUACGUGAUGGCGUUACAACUCCAUCUCCCUAACAAACAGAUGGUUAGGUUUAGAGAUGGUGAUAUAAUGACAGAUAUUGUCGAUGGAGAGAGAGAUAAGCGAACGAUGCUGACUGCAUUUUUUGAUAGGAAUAGAACAGACAUUAGUGCAAGACAAUAUUUGUACAAAGAAUUUCCAAAACACUACACAUGGAAUUGGAGCACACGUCGAUGGAAUCCCCGACAAAGAGGAUCAAUGAAAGGCCGACUUGUGUCUGCAAAUCCAGCUGAGGGAGAGCGGUUCUACCUACGCCUACUUUUGUCUCAUAUUACUGGGCCUACUUGCUUUGAAGAUCUAUAUAGUUUUAACGGCUUACUGCACCCUACAUUUUGCGAAGCAUCUCUUGAGAGAGGGCUAAUAAAGAACGAUGAUAACUUAUCCCAAUGUCUUGGAGAGACCUCCUUAUUUCAAUUUCCGGCUGCUCUUAGGAGGUUAUUUGCCACGAUGUUGAUUUAUUGUGAUCCAGGAGAUGUUCGCAAGUUAUGUGAUGACCACUAUGAUUCACUCUCUGAAGAUUAUACGCGACAAUGUGAAAGUGCUAAUCGAGUUCGUAAUUUGGUUCUAACUGAUAUCCUCGUUUUUCUACAGUCUAUGGUUGUGGAAGAUGAACACUUGCGUGCCCGAGACUCUUUGAAUUCUGACCUGAAAUACGCAUAUGAUGAGAUCAUGAGGCACGUAGACGAGGAUUGUCCAAGAGUGUUCUUUAUAGAUGGUCCUGGUGGAACCAGGAAGACUUUUUUGUACAAAGCUUUGCUUGCCAACAUCCGUUCACGUGGUCUUAUUGCUCUCGCAACCGCUUCGUCGGGUGUCGCUGCCAAUAACAUGCCUUGA